CCCCAUCCCUUUCUUUCCAUUCUCUCUCUCUCUCACAUCAACCUUUAAUAGUUCUCUAUUCUAUAUAUACACAAAGCAUAGAAGAAAAGCAUCUCUUCUUCUCACACCACCACUCUGCAUUGCUUUCCCUUGCAAGUUUCACUCUUUUUACUUUAUAGACUGAAUAACCUACAAUUAACAAUUGUCGGUUGUGUCUUUCUGAUCAAAAAUCUAGCCAAAGUUUGGAAUCUCUACCUACGUUAUCUGAUAAUCAAACCAUUAAUUAAUGUGGUCAAAAAUGGGCUCAGGCUCACCCAAAAGUACUUGGCAACCCACAAUCACUGCAGAUACAACCACCCAAAGUUACUGGCUGAACUGGAGGUUUUUUAUUUGUGCUAUAUUGGUCCUGCUUUCAGCUAUCUUCUCAUCAUGGCUAAUAUGGAAGAAUGAGGUUUUGAGGAAGCCAGUUAGAAAUGGUGACAUGGAAAACCAGAAAGAAACAUCAGCAACUUUGUAUGAGGAUGAAACUUGGAGGCCUUGCUUGAAAGGGAUUCACCCGGCCUGGCUUCUGGCUUUUAGAAUUGUGGCAUUUGUUGUGCUUAUGGUGCUUCUCAUAUUCACUGCUGCUGUAGAUGGAGGAAGCAUUUUCUACUUCUACACUCAGUGGACUUUUACUUCAGUCACCAUUUAUUUUGGGCUGGGAUCUUUGCUCUCUAUCCAUGGAUGUUACCAACAUCAUAAGCAAUCAAGUGGUGAUAAGGUUGACAAUGUGGAUGGAGAUACGGAGCAAGGAACUUAUGAUGCUCCUGCACUGCCCCAGAGUUGCAAUCCAUCCAGCCAUGAGAAAGGCCAAGGAGCUUCAGAAGAACAUCUUGUUCGCCAACCUGCAGGCACUUGGGGUUAUAUCUUUCAAAUAAUGUUUCAGAUGAAUGCAGGAGCUGUAAUGCUCACAGACUGUGUGUUUUGGUUCAUAAUUGUUCCCUUUCUAACCAUCAAAGAUUACAACAUAAAUUUGCUGAUUGUCAGUAUGCAUACCAUCAAUGCUGUUUUCCUGCUAGGUGAUACAGCUUUAAAUUGCCUGAGGUUCCAUUGGUUUCGAAUAGGAUACUUUUGCUUGUGGACAGUGACAUAUGUGAUUUUUCAAUGGAUAGUUCAUGCUAUAAUUAAACUCUGGUGGCCAUAUCCAUUUCUUGACUUGUCACCCUCAUAUGCACCACUAUGUUACUUUUCAAUAGCACUGCUGCAUAUUCCAUGCUAUGGCAUCUUUGCUUUGAUAAUGAAGCUGAAACACAAUGUGUUGUCUAAGCGGUACCCUGACUCUUACCAAUGUAUCAGAUGAUUUGGACUCAGGAUUAAUAUUCUAUUUGGUGAAGAAUAUCAGUUUUAUACAAGGAGUAGUAGAAAAAGGGAAGAGGAGCAAGUGCAAAAAGAAUUUAAAGUGAAAAGUUUGGGUUCAAAUAUUAAACAAAUAUACAAAAAAAAUAUAUAUAUAGUUUAUAUUUUUUGCAGUGAACUUUUUGCAUCACUUCUUCUCAAAGAGAUGCAUAUAUGUAAGUGAUCAUGAGCUCUAAGAAUAAGCAAUGAUUCACUGAUUGUAGGAGUAUAUAUUUCAGUCUUCAUAAAUAUGAAUAUUUAAUUAUAAUGAACCAUUAUUUUGAUAA